GGUACUGUCUAGUUGUUAUUAGUGUUAUUAAACGUAAUAGUCUUUCUGACUUCUGCCAUUUCCUUCACUCCUUCAUUCCUUCCCGCAAAAAUGGUUCCAAAGCAGUUCAUCAAACAUGCUUUCAUCAUCUUCUUUUUCCUCACCUCAUUAUUCUCCAUUCAAGUCUCUUCCCUCAACAUAGGAGUUGAAACUACCGGAUUCGCUGUCUCUUUGGUUUGCUUCUUCUUUCUCUUCCUACUUUUUCUAUCUAUAUAUCCACAUUUUCAUUUCAAACACUAUUAAAUUUUCACGAAGCAUAAAUAAAACACAAUGUUUCUUUUUUCUCCGUUUCUUAACAACUUCAUCUGCAGAGUAAAGAGUGCAGCAGAGAAUGUGAGUCAAGUUUCUGCUCAGGUACUAAUCUAAUGUAAAGGCUAAUCACGCUUUUUAUCCAUAUAAGAUGAGUUCAAUCUGAUAUUAAACUCUAAAAAUGUAUAACUUAGGAAUGACAAUGCCUCCAAUAUUGAGAUAUGGCAAGUACUGUGGGAUGCUAUACAGUGGGUGCCCUGGAGAGAGACCAUGUGAUGACCUUGAUGCUUGUUGCAUGAAUCAUGACUUUUGUGUGCAAGCCAAAAACUAUAACUACUUAAGCCAAGAGUGCAGCCAAACAUUCAUAAACUGUAUGAACAAUUUCAACAACAGAGGAGGUCCUACCUUCAAGGGAAACACAUGUCAAGUGGAUGAUGUCAUUCAAGUCAUCACUUUUGUCAUGAAUGCUGUUCUGCUAGCCGGAAGAGUCUUACACAACCCCUAGAGUGUUUUUUGUUGGGGGAUUAUGUUACUCACACUUUAUUUCUAUCCAUUUUCCAAUGUUCUAUUAUAUAUCAUUAUAUCAAUAUCAAUAUUGUCUCUACUAAGUAAAAUAAUUUCUGAAUCCGUCAAGGUGUGUAAUGCUUUCCUUUUAAGAAUUUAGGAUAGUUAUUACUUAUUUGUCUUUGGUACCAAAAUAGUAUGAGACCGAACUCAUAACUGGUUAAUGUGAAACAAGAAUAUUU